AUGAAUAAACAAAUAUAUAGUUUAGUUGCCAUUUAUUUUUAUAUCCUUUUGAUAGCAACAAUACAAUGUUUUACAAAUAAUGAGAAUUUAAAUAAAUAUGUCAGGAAAAAUGAGAACGUACACGAUGAAUAUGAAAUAAAUGGUUUAUAUAUAAAUAAUAAUGGAAAAUUUAGAUAUAGAAGUCUUUCAGAGCAUAGUACAGAAGAUAAAGAAGAAACUGUAACUAUUUCAGAUAAUAAAAGUUCAAAAACUAAAGGAGAUAUGCAUCAUUCGUCUAUAUAUGAUAUGGCUACAGAUGACGAUAAUAAGCCUCAAAAGUCUAAAAAAUCUAAAUUUUCUAGUAUGUUUAAAAGAGAUAAAAAAGAUAAAGAUAGUGACAAAACUCAAGAGACUUUAGAUGAUGAUAAAUCUCAAGAGACUUUAGAUGAUGAUAAAUCUCAAGAGACUUUAGAUGAUGAUAAAUCUCAAGAGACUUUAGAUGAUGAUAAUAAAUCUAAAAAAUCUAAAUUUUCUAGUAUGUUUAAAAGAGAUAAAACAGAUAAAGACAGUGACAAAUCCCUAGAGACUUUAGAUGAUGAUAAAUCUCAAGAGACUUUAGAUGAUGAUAAAUCUCAAGAGACUUUAGAUGAUGAUAAUAAAUCUAAAAAAUCUAAAUUUUCUAGUAUGUUUAAAAGAGAUAAAACAGAUAAAGAUAGUGACAAAACUCAAGAGACUUUAAAUGUUGGCAAAUCUCAAGAGGCUUUAAAUGCUGAUAAAUCUUUAGAGACUUUAAAUGUUGACAAAUCUCAAGAGGCUUUAAAUGCUGAUAAAUCUUUAGAGACUUUAAAUGUUGACAAAUCUCUAGAGACUUUAGAUGAUAAUAAUAAAUCUAAAAAAUCUAAAUUUUCUAGUAUGUUUAAAAGAGAUAAAACAGAUAAAGACAGUGACAAAUCCCUAGAGACUUUAGAUGAUGAUAAAUCUCAAGAGACUUUAGAUGAUGAUAAUAAAUCUAAAAAAUCUAAAUUUUCUAGUAUGUUUAAAAGAGAUAAAACAGAUAAAGACAGUGACAAAUCCCUAGAGACUUUAGAUGAUGAUAAAUCUCAAGAGACUUUAGAUGAUGAUAAAUCUCAAGAGACUUUAGAUGAUGAUAAUAAAUCUAAAAAAUCUAAAUUUUCUAGUAUGUUUAAAAGAGAUAAAACAGAUAAAGAUAGUGACAAAACUCAAGAGACUUUAAAUGUUGGCAAAUCUCAAGAGGCUUUAAAUGCUGAUAAAUCUUUAGAGACUUUAAAUGUUGACAAAUCUCAAGAGGCUUUAAAUGCUGAUAAAUCUUUAGAGACUUUAAAUGUUGACAAAUCUCUAGAGACUUUAGAUGAUAAUAAUAAAUCUAAAAAAUCUAAAUUUUCUAGUAUGUUUAAAAGAGAUAAAACAGAUAAAGACAGUGACAAAUCCCUAGAGACUUUAGAUGAUGAUAAAUCUCAAGAGACUUUAGAUGAUGAUAAUAAAUCUAAAAAAUCUAAAUUUUCUAGUAUGUUUAAAAGAGAUAAAACAGAUAAAGAUAGUGACAAAACUCAAGAGACUUUAAAUGUUGGCAAAUCUCAAGAGGCUUUAAAUGCUGAUAAAUCUUUAGAGACUUUAAAUGUUGACAAAUCUCAAGAGGCUUUAAAUGCUGAUAAAUCUUUAGAGACUUUAGAUGAUAAUAAUAAAUCUAAAAAAUCUAAAUUUUCUAGUAUGUUUAAAAGAGAUAAAACAGAUAAAGACAGUGACAAAUCCCUAGAGACUUUAGAUGAUGAUAAAUCUCAAGAGACUUUAGAUGAUGAUAAUAAAUCUAAAAAAUCUAAAUUUUCUAGUAUGUUUAAAAGAGAUAAAACAGAUAAAGACAGUGACAAAUCCCUAGAGACUUUAGAUGAUGAUAAAUCUCAAGAGACUUUAGAUGAUGAUAAAUCUCAAGAGACUUUAGAUGAUGAUAAUAAAUCUAAAAAAUCUAAAUUUUCUAGUAUGUUUAAAAGAGAUAAAACAGAUAAAGAUAGUGACAAAACUCAAGAGACUUUAAAUGUUGGCAAAUCUCAAGAGGCUUUAAAUGCUGAUAAAUCUUUAGAGACUUUAAAUGUUGACAAAUCUCAAGAGGCUUUAAAUGCUGAUAAAUCUUUAGAGACUUUAAAUGUUGACAAAUCUCUAGAGACUUUAGAUGAUAAUAAUAAAUCUAAAAAAUCUAAAUUUUCUAGUAUGUUUAAAAGAGAUAAAACAGAUAAAGACAGUGACAAAUCCCUAGAGACUUUAGAUGAUGAUAAAUCUCAAGAGACUUUAGAUGAUGAUAAUAAAUCUAAAAAAUCUAAAUUUUCUAGUAUGUCUAAAAGAGAUAAAACAGAUAAAGACGGUGACAAAUCUCUAGAGACUUUAGAUGAUGAUAAAUCUCAAGAGACUUUAGAUGAUGAUAAAUCUCAAGAGACUUUAGAUGAUGAUAAUACGUCAGAGACAUCUAAUGUUUCUAGUAUGUUUAAGAGAUAUAAUGCAGAUAAAGAUAGUGACAAAACUCAAGAGACUUUAAAUGUUGGCAAAUCUCAAGAGGCUUUAAAUGCUGAUAAAUCUUUAGAGACUUUAAAUGUUGACAAAUCUCAAGAGGCUUUAAAUGCUGAUAAAUCUUUAGAGACUUUAGAUGAUAAUAAUAAAUCUAAAAAAUCUAAAUUUUCUAGUAUGUUUAAAAGAGAUAAAACAGAUAAAGACAGUGACAAAUCCCUAGAGACUUUAGAUGAUGAUAAAUCUCAAGAGACUUUAGAUGAUGAUAAAUCUCAAGAGACUUUAGAUGAUGAUAAUAAAUCUAAAAAAUCUAAAUUUUCUAGUAUGUUUAAAAGAGAUAAAACAGAUGAAAAACCUUCAUAUGGCAAAGUAACUGUAUCUUAUCCAAAUGAUAAAAUGCCCGAAAUAUUUUCCAAUAAUAAAGAAAAAAAUCCUCCGAUAGUAGUGAAACUGGAAAAUGUUACAAUUCAUGUUGAUCAAAAUAAUUCAGAACAUUUAUCGUUUUUAUCAUGUUUAAAAAAAAUAACCGAAGAACAGAAUUCUAAUGGUAAAGCAAGUAAAUAA